CUGGUUCGCCAGUACUCGGUAAAAGCUGCGCGAGGAUUGAGAUCGGACAGUCUUAUUCCGAAAGGUUCACAAGCAGCACGUACGAUGCUGGUCUUCUUCGCAAUCACGCUUGCAGUAGCUGCCGCUGCACCUCCAUACGAUCAAAGACAAGAGGGCGAAUUCAAUGUGCAUGCAGACGUGCAGAAUGUCGUCCUAUUGUUAGCGUUGCCGAAAAAAGUUCCCUAUUUCCUAGAUCUAUUCUCGAAGAGCUCCAAAAGCGGUAACGAGCCGAUUGCCCAGGACAGAGCAGAUGUACAAGUAAUGGAAGCAUUUGUGGAGCCCAGCACACCGUACCGUGUCGAAAUUGGUCCAGAGACUGAAAAAUAUGCUGAUAGUGACGGGAAAAGUGCUGAGAUAGUGAUAGCCAGCAGACGACACACAGACCCGGAACCGUUACAAGAAGAUGAGAUGAAAUUAAUUGGUGCUACUGAACAGUGUGGUCCGGGCCGUCAGAGAGACCCUGUCACCCUCAUGUGCAGGCGUAUAGAAGAUUCAGAAAAAAUCCCCGAAGUAGUUCUAGCCUCCUCGUAA